AUGGCUCCUGCGGCCGUUCUGCGUUGCGAGGGUCAGCCAGAUGAGCUGAUCCUCAUCGAGUUGCAGAGUACUGUCUACAUGGAGGACGGCUCCAAAUUGGUUGGGCAGCAUCUUGGAACUCUGGAGAUUGGCAAAGAAGGCAACGUCACCUUGAACAACGGCCCUCGAUGUUUGUACGGCAAGAUGCAGGAGCUAAAGAGCCCACUGGUACUGAUGGAAAAGACUGGGCAGGAAGAUGCUUCCGGAGACUUGAUCCUUGCUACUCGAGGCGUUGUGUAUCGGAAGGCGGUGUUCAAUCAGCGGCCGCAGCUCUCUGUUUGA